GUUUAAAUUAAAUUAUUUAAAAUGUUUUGGGGUACUCAAGUCAGUCAAGGAUAACCAUAUAAAUUAACAGCUGAUGAAGCUACAGUGAUUCACGUUUCAAACGUAGUUCUAGCUGAAGGUGAAACCAAAGUUUAAGUCUAUGCAAAAGUAAAAGGAAAGGAAUUUGUACUUGCCAACCUUGAAAAAAAUAAGGUAUGGUAAUUUUUAUAUAGUUAGUUGGAACAAGCCUUUUUGGAUUUAUACUUUAGAGUUGACUAAUAGGUUGAGAUUGGAGUUAAAGGAAAAGGAUCAGUUCAUCUUUCUGGAUACAUUGAACCAGAUGAAGAAGAAUUGGUAAUUAUUUAAAAUAAUCUAAUUAGAACGACGACUUAGAUUUAGAAGACGAAGAAAGUGAGGAAGUAGAGGAAAAAAAGCCAAAGAAACCUGAACCACCUAAAUAAACAGAAUAAGUAAAGUAAUAACCAAAAGAGCAAUAAAAACCAUAAACUUAAUAAUAAUAAAAACCAUAACCAUAACAAAAAGAACAAUAAAAACCACAAGCUCAAUAAUAAUAAAAGCCAUAACCUGAAUAAUAACAAAAAGCAAAACCUUAAGCUGCCCCUCAGAAACCAUAAUAAUAAUAACCAAAAAAGGUAGAUUAAGAUUUGAACGAUGAUGACGAUGAAGAUGUUGAAGAUGUUGAAGAAGAGGAACUUAUUGACGAAAGUGAUGUUGAUGAUGAAGACUUAGAAGGAGAAGGUGAUUUAGAAGAUGAAGAAGAUGAUGAUGAAGAAAAUUUAGAGGAUGAUGAUGAAGAUGAAGAACCUUAAUGUAUUUUAUUCAUAUAUUAAACUUUAGAAAAAUAAAAAUUCGCUAAAGGUAAUUAAGGAUAACAAGUUAAACCACAAUAAAAAUAAUAAUAGAAACCUUAAUAUUAAUAAUAAUAAAACAAAUAAUAACAACAAGGAAAUUAAUAAUUUAGACAAGGAUAGAAACCAUUCUAAUAAUAAUAAAGACAUGGAUAAUAACAUCAAAACAGAGGAGGUGACAGAGGAGGUAACAGAGGAGGUAACUAAAAUUAUUAGAAGAAUUUCAAGAAAAAUAAUAAUAAUUUCCAUAAUAAUAAUAACAAAAAGAACUUUAACAGAAAGAAUAACAAUAGAGGUGGAUUCAGAGGAGGUAGAUAAUGAGUAUCUAAUAUAUGUGUACAUUAAAAUUUAAACAACAAUCCUAAAUUAAA